CCUCCCUUUCUAACUUUCUCUGCUAGACCCGAGUUUUCUUCCCUCCUAUUACCACCCCUGCUCUCCAUCCUCCUGUUCUCCUCACCUUCAAUAAAUAACUCUCUCUCUCUCUCUCUCUCUCUCUAAGAGUAGACAAAAUGAUGAAGCAACAAGACCAGAGAAUACCAAUCUCUACAGUUAAUCUCUUCAACGACCAAUUACGUCUAGGUGGUCUUCUCUCUAAUUUUCUCUUACUUUGCUUUGGUUUCGCCCUUGGAAUCAUGGCUAGUACCUAUCUCACAAAUAACAUGACCACAUUCAAUUUCCAUGAUACCCAGUUCUCUAUACCUCCUCCAUCAACAUCAACAUCUACUGUUACAGUUGCAACACCGCCGGUAAAUCAAUCUCAGGCACUGCUACCCCACUUGAUAAGCCCUCCAGCUCCGGUAACACCGCCGCGGAUAACCCCGCCAUCACCGGUGUCUACUGAUCAAGACAAGGGACAGAUGCCGCUAGUUGAUAGUAUGCAUGACAUGAACGACAAUGAGUUGCUGUGGAGAGCAUCCAUGGUUCCUCGAAUUGACAAGGCGGCCAUCCCCAAGGUUGCUUUCAUGUUCUUGACAAGGGGACCAUGGCCAUUAGCUCCUCUAUGGGAAAAAUUCUUUAAAGGACAUGAUGGGCUCUACUCCAUUUACGUUCACUCUGAUCCAUCUUUUGAAGAAUCGAUGCCUCGAGAUUCUGUUUUCUAUGGUCGAAGGAUACCCAGUAAGGAAGUGAAAUGGGGAGGGUUUAGCAUGCUUGAAGCAGAACGUAGACUACUAGCAAAUGCACUUCUUGACUUCUCCAACCAAAGAUUUGUUCUCUUAUCAGAGUCAUGCAUUCCCCUCUUCAACUUCUCCACCAUCUACUCUUACCUCAUCAACUCUAAAGAGACCUUUGUAGAAGCUUAUGACAAACCAGGUUCCGUUUGCCGUGGCCGUUAUAGUCGCCACAUGAAACCGCUUAUCAAGGUCGAGCAAUGGAGGAAGGGAUCCCAGUGGUUUGAGAUGGAUAGACACUUAGCCAUUGAGAUAGUUUCCGAUCGAAGAUUUUUUCCUCUGUUCCAGAGAUCUUGUGGCAAGGUCUCGUGUGUUGCAGAUGAGCACUACCUACCAACAGUUGUGAGCAUGAAAUUUCCUCAGAGGAAUUCAAACAGGAGUUUGACAUGGGUUGAGUGGUCAAGGGGAGGAGCACACCCAACUAAGUUUUUCAGAACGGACAUGACAUAUGAGCUCUUGCACAAAAUGAGGAAUGGAAGCAAAUGUGAGUACAAUGGCAACACUACCAAUAUUUGCCACUUGUUUGCAAGGAAGUUCUCACCCGGCACUUUGGGCAGAUUGCUGAAAUUUGCUCCCAGGGUCAUGGGUUUCAAUUCAUAGCUUCAAAUAGUUGUCCUACAAUGGAAAAAUCUAUACUAAAAAGAGAGAGAAUAAGUGGAUUCCUUGUGUGGAUCAGGCACACUAGGAUUCUCUUUCGAGAGUGAUCUGCACUUGAAAUGUACAAAUUUUUUUUUUUUUUUAUUUUUUUUUUUUUUUAGAGAGGGUUCCUGCACGUUAAUUUGGAAAAGAAACUACACACCACACCGUUGGUGGUGGAAUUCUUUUCCCAUUUAUUUGAUUAUUUUUGUACUAGGUUAUACGUAUAUGGAUCCCGGAUUCUUUAUUUCUAAUUUAAAAUUUUUGGUGCUAAUGAGAAAGUCAGA